UUUGGUCAACAAAAAAUCAGUUAUUUUUUUCUCUUUUCAGUUUCUCUCUGCCUACAAGCAUAAUUCAAAGCAAGAUCUAUUUUCUGCCACAUUUGGGCUUUCUAAGUGUGUUGGAGAAGAUGGUUAAUGUCUUGAAGGGUGUUCUUAUAGAAUGUGACCCAGCCAUGAAGCAGUUCCUACUAUACCUGGAUGAGUCAAAUGCCCUGGGAAAGAAAUUCAUCAUACAAGACCUAGAUGAAACGCAUGUUUUUGUGUUGGCUGAGUUGGUUAACUUCCUCCAGGAGAAAGUGGGCGAGUUAAUGGAUCAGAACUCUUUUCCUGUUACACAGAAGUAAAGAGACUAAAAGCACAUCAUACAAGUCCCUGCAUCUGGCAGCUGUUCCUAACAGAAGCAGUAGUGACAACUGUGACUGUCCUUUGGCAUCCAUAGACAGAAGUAGUGACCAGCAGGUGUCCUGUGGCCCAGCAAUGUGUUAUCAAUAAAAGACUGCCACAAACCUC